UACUUGCUUUUAUUAUUAACACAUUUCAUAUACAGAUAUUAAGCCACUGCUUUCCCUUACUUCAGUUUGUAUACAGGAGUAUAUUCCAUCUUUUCCUUAAGCGCUUCAGUUGAUAGAAAAAGUUCCAGGUAGAUAAUCCCCAAGUAACAGAAGAAUGGGGAUACUCUGACCUUUUAAUACUAGUCAAGACUUCUUUUCAGAGAUGUAAUUGCCUAAAUUCUUUGCUCAGCUCUCUGGGGAACACCCAGUUUAUCAGGACUUUGUUAGUUCCCCAAACUCCUUUUUUUUCCCCUUCUUUUAGGACCACGAGUAGAAGGAACUGUGAGCAAGCAGGCUUCUCCUCGCUGUGCAGGCCGUGGUUUUCCCAGCUGUGGCUGAAUGACUUCUCUCCAUCAUUAGAGUCUGGCAGAGAAGGAAGGCAGGUCGGCCUUCCCUGGCCAUCAGCCCCCCUCCCUCCCUCAGCUGCCGCCACUUUCCCCAUCAAUUAGCAACCAUCAGCUCCCCAGGUCAGAUAAAAGCAGGGCAGGGACACAGGCAGGGCUAAACCUUCAGGGGUGAUAACCAUGGACAGCUUCGUCCGUUCUCCCAUCGGCCCCUACCAGAACCGGAGGAGCAGCCCCGCUCUCGGCCGCGGCUGGGACACCGCGGCCAGGCAGCCCAGCUGGAAGCAGAGCAAGAGCAGCAGCAUCAGCCCCUUCCUCGGCGGCCCUUUCUCGCCGCUGCCCCCCGACUACCUGGAAAGCUACCGGCGGGCGCAGCUCCAGGCGCUGCUGUCGCACGUGGGCCCCGCGCUGGCGCCGCGGCCUUGCUGGGCCAGUACGAAGGAGGUGGCGGUGCAGGUGAGCCUGCGGGCCGACGUGGCCGUGCAGUGCUCGCUGGGGCCGCGCACGCUGCCGGCCACCCGCGCCUUCCGCCCCGCCGGCCUGCGCGCCCCGGGCCGCCUCGCCCUCUACUCAGCCGCGCCCGACCGCCGCCUCUUCGCGCCGCCCGACGCCGCGCCGCUGCCGGAGAAGGCAGCGCCGGCAAAGGAGACCCCGACGGCGGACGGCGGCGAGGAGCAGCAGGAGGGCCCGGCGGGGGCCGCGCUGCCGCCGCGCCAGGAGCCGGUGGGGACGCGGCAGGAGGAGACCGCGGCUCCGAGGCAGAGAGCUGCCUUCCAGUUCUUGGAGCAGAAGUAUGGCUAUUUCCACUGCAAAGACUGCAAGACCAGAUGGGAGAGUGCUUACGUGUGGUGCAUUUCUGGAAGCAACAAGGUGUACUUCAAGCAGCUCUGUCGCAAAUGCCAAAAAGGCUUCAAUCCCUAUCGAGUGGAAACAAUCCAGUGCCAGAUCUGCUCCAAGACUCGUUGCUCUUGCCCUCAGAGGAAGAGACAUAUUGAUCUCAAGAAACCUCAUCGCCAAGAGCUCUGUGGCCGCUGCAAAGGCAAAAGGCUGUCCUGUGAUAGCACUUACAGCUUCAAAUAUGUUGUCUGAUCCAAGUGCCCUCUUCUGUUUUGUGCUUUGCACUUUGUCUUUUGUAAUGUUUUGACUUAAGGCUUUUGACGUGGCAUUGGAUAAUGGAUGAAGACUUCAGUAUUAUUGUAAAAUAUAAUAAUUUAAAGUAUGUAAUUUCACUGAAUAUAUGCUGUAAAUAAAGUUCAAAAAGUUUGCACUAGUUUGAUAUCCCUUAGUUUCAGCCUCCUUGGUUGAAAGAGGAAAGUAUAUCUGUAAGGAAGCAACCCAUUUGAUUUCCUAAAGAUAGUAGACUUUGUUUUGAAGCCUUCAGGGAAUGGUAAGAUUCAGGCUACACUAGCAAGUUUUUCCUUCAGUCACUCAAACUGAACUAGGGUGGAAGAUGCAAAUGUUCUGGAGCACAAAGUCUGGUCUAAAUGCAAAUGUGUCUUCCCCUUGCCUCUGUCAAAUGUAUAUGUAAAAACCACAGCUGCUGGGUAAUCAAAGACUAUCUGCCAGAACAGGACUAUGGCUGUAAAGUAGGUGGGGAAAGGGUGUAAGCUGCCUAUGUUCAAAAUGAGGAGGGGAAAAAAAACCUUUUGAUGGCUGUAUCUGUGCCAGUGUAAAAAGCACUCUUUAGGGUAGAAGGAAGUUCAGAGGCUUUCAUAGUCAGCAGAAGACCAAUGAAACUAUUUUUGCUGUUGUAGUCUUCCGUGCUGAGUUCUGAGGAUUUUUUGUUGGGCUGUAGUAACAAUUCUCACUCUUUUCUAUGAAUGGUUUCAGCAUCAACCAGGAGCUGGGUAUUUUUUGGGGGCUGCUAAUCAUGGAUACCAUGUACAACAGUACUAAUUCAGACAAGAACACAAUUUUCACAACAAGCACGUACUGUGUUGUGACUAUAUGCAACUUUUAUACUUUAGUUAAAUGGAUGUACUGAUCCAAAUUUCAAAGUUACUUCACAAAAACAGUUAAGUGUAUUUACAGUGUGAAUAAGUUACAUAGUUGUCAGAAUAAAAGUGUCUCAGAUGUGCAACAGAUUUACAUGCAUACAUUUAACACUGGACAGCAGUUAAAUGUAAGAAAAAACCCAUAUAGUCAUGACUUUGUAUAUAUACAUUACAAAUAAAAUAAGACCUCUCUUUGAAGAAACUUAACAUGAGAACUUGCAUUUCACAUUAAUAUUUUUACUUUUUAUACUCAAAAUUUAUAUUAAAUAAAAAUAUGCAUGCUUAACAGUUCAGAAGAUUUGACUCUGUGAUGGGACUUUCUCCUACAAAAUGGCAAGUUAAAUUAGGUCAACCAUCCUUUAAUAGUAUAAAUAUAUUCAUAAAAGCAAACCUCUAGUAAAAAGCAGCCAAGGUCCUUAAUAAAAAAAAAAAAGAAAAUCUAUCAAGACCUUUCAUGAUCCUUGGGGGGGCCUAAGAACAGACCUCUACACUAUGAUCCAGUACCUUCAGAGACAGUAGCCAAGUAACAUUAGGAAAUGUACUUCAUAGCAGCUCAUUGUUUUAAGAUACAGUAAUCAUAUUCAAAUUACAGUGUACAUUAAAUUAUAGUCUGUUUACAGUUUGUUUCAUAUACACAGGCUCUCAGCUUUUGACCAACAAGUUUGUGAGAUUCCGUGGCCAGCUUCAUUCUGCCCAUCUUUCACUCAACUAAAUAAGAAAAAAAAAAAA